GCGUGGUAAAAGGCCGCACCUGUUACCACGAGCUGCUUGGCAGUGCCCUGGCACCCGACAUGGGAGAAGACGCACAGGAAAAGCCCAGGGGCCGAGGGUUUAAGUAGCGGUGGACCUGAUGAAGAUGGAGUUGCACACAGCUCUAUCUCUGAAGUUCCCCAAAACAAUCUUGCUCUCUUUGGGAGACUGCGUUUCCCCGCUGUCUGGCUGGAUCAGUGGAUGAGACUAGGGAGGAGAAGCUCUUGUUGCUCAAGCUUCCGCAGGCUCUCCACAGGGCUGCCUCAUAGGAACGUUACCGCAAUGGCCUCAGCAGCGCCCCUGGCGAUGAUGUGGGAGGAGGUCACUUGCCCUAUCUGCCUGGAUCCUGUCGUGGAGCCUGUGAGCAUUGAAUGUGGCCACAGCUUCUGCCACGACUGCAUCUCUCAGGUCGGAAAAGAUGGGGGCGGCGUCUGCCCUGUGUGUCAGCACAUCUUCUUGCUCCGGAACGUCAGGCCCAACUGGCCGCUGGCCAACAUGGUGGACAACCUUAAACAAAUUGGCCAGAGUGCCAAGGAGGGCAUGCAGCGGGAGCGGUGCGAGGUGCACGGAGAGAAACUGCACCUGUUCUGCGAGGAAGACGGGAAGAUCCUUUGCUGGGUGUGUUCCCAGUCCCAGAACCACCGUAACCACCACAUGGUCCCUAUUGAGGAGGCUGCUCAGGAGUACAAGGAGAAGCUCCAGGUGGCAUUAGGGAACCUGAGAAAAGGACAACGGUUGGCGGAGGAGUUGGAAGUGGAUAUUGCAAUGAAGAGAGCAGCCUGGAAGAGUCAGGUUGAGACACACAAACUGAGGAUUCACACAGAGUUUGUGCAGCAGCAGAACUUCCUGGCCGCAGAGGAACAGAGACAGCUACAGAAGCUAGAGAUGGAGGAGAAGGAACAGCUGAGAAUCCUGGGCGAGAGGGAGGCCACACUGGCCCAGAAGAGCCAGGCCCUGCAGGAGCUGGUCGUGGAGCUGGAGAAGAGGAGCAGGGGCUCAGCCCUGGAGCUGCUGCAGGAGGUGAAAAGUGUCCUGGGAAGGAGUGAGUGUUGGAACCUGAAGAAUCUGGACAUCACCCCUCCAGACCUGAGGAGUGUGUGUCUCGUGCCAGGGCUGAAAAGGAUGCUGAGGACUUACGGAGUACACAUCACUCUGGAUCCAUACACAGCCAAUCCGUGGCUCAUCCUGUCAGAGGAUCGGAGACAAGUGAGGCUUGGAGGCAGCCGGCAGGAAGUGCCUGAAAAUGAGGGCAGAUUUGACACUUAUCCCAUGGUCCUGGGUGCCCAGUUCUUUGACUCUGGAAAGGUUUACUGGGAGGUAGAUGUGACAGGAAAGGAGGCCUGGGACCUGGGUGUUUGUAGAGACUCUGUGCGGAGGAAAGGGCAUUUUUUGCUCAGCCCCCAAAAUGGCUUCUGGACAAUUUGGCUGUGGAACAAACAAAAAUAUGAGGCUGGCACCAGCCCCCAGACUCCCCUCCACCUUCGGGUGCCUCCGUGCCAAGUUGGGAUCUUCCUUGACUAUGAGGCCAGCACUGUCUCCUUCUACAACAUCACUGACCAUGGCUCCCUCAUCUACACUUUCUCCGAAUGUGCCUUCGCUGGACCUCUGCGGCCCUUCUUCAGUACUGGUUUUAAUGAUGAAGGAAGUAACUCAGCCCCUCUUGUCCUCCGUCCAUUGGGGGUGGGUUGGUAGGGAUCCUCUGACCACUGGUAGCACCCCCUCUGUGGGUGCCCUUCUCAGCCACUGACCCUGCCUCAUCUCCGCAUGAACUCUGAACCACUUUGUCUCUGCAGACCUGUCAGGACACCAGCAAGCAGACUUUGGCAGGGACUUCACUGAAAAUUUAUGUCAGAUGACCUUCACCAUCAGCGUUCCUCCCUAGAUUGCUUUAUAAUUCCCUCUAUGAAACAAACUAAUUGGCCCAAAUCUUCUGGAUCAACCAAAACAUGUUUCUGCCUUCUUUAUGUGACUCAAGUCUCAUUUUCUCCUCUCCAUCACUAGGCCUUUAGUCAGAUCUCAGUUAUUUACCUUUGCAGAGUUUGCAAAGGGGCUUCCUUUGUACGUGGGGCCUCAAUCUAACCCAUUCGAUCCUUGUUCUCAUAUACAUCUAGGAUUAUUGUUCCGAUGUACACACAUAUAAGUGGCUCCACACCACCUACAGAAAAACAGCCAUACUUUGAAAAUAAAGGCUGAAUGAUCCAGA